AUGUCCGACGACCUCCCGCAUUUCGCCACCCCGGCACAAGCUUAUAGAAGAUCGAAAUACAACCUAUACCAACAACAACCUCCGCAACAGCAGCCGUUGUACCGUCAACAGCCACCUCAACAAAUCCAACAACCGGUGCCGAUUCCUGCCCAAGCUACCGGGCAAGAACAGCAACAGUAUGAGAACAUGAAGAGAGUGUUUAUGGGGUUUGACCGAGACCGUUCCAACUCCCUCGACAUCAACGAACUCUCGCAAGCGUUGUACAAUGCCGAUGGCAGCCGGUUCGACUUGUCGACCAUCCAAAUGAUGGUCAAAUUGUUUGACGAGGAUAAUUCCAAGACCUUGGAUUUCAGAGAGUUUUACUUUUUGACCAAGUACUUGAACCACUGGAACAACACUUUCAGAAAAGCCGAUUCCAACAGAUCGGGGACCAUUUCAUUGAGCGAGUAUGUCAAGGCGGUGGAGUCAUUUGGGUAUAGAAUAAGAUUCGAAACCAUUAGGUAUAUUUUCAACUCAUUUGCCUCUGGCGCUCCCCCACCACCUGCGGGAUACCCUGCUGCCCCACCUCGUUACAAUUCAAAUUACAUGAAGUUUGACAAAUUCGUCGAGAGUUUGAUUUGGAUACUAAAGUUUACCAGCGUGUUUAGAAAGUAUGAUUAUCAAGGUAAUGCUAGAGCCACGUUUGGGUUCGAGCAGUUUUUGUGUGAAGGGUUUUCGUUGAUCAGAUGA